AUGCCGCUCAAUUCCCCAGCACCAGUCCCCGUUUACUCUUCAACUGACCUCAAAAAUACCUCUGACGAUGCCAUCACAACAUAUCUUACCCUUGGCCUUCCUAAGCCCAAUAGAUUUGUCGCGAUCAACACAAAAUCUGAUAUCCGCCUUAUACUAGGAUACUCUGCUGUCACAAUUGCCGGUGUAUCUUUUUACUUUGACUAUAUGAAGGGCUGGCAAUUCACGGUGCCUUGGAUGAUAUAUGCGGUGGUAGCAUACUUCAUACUAAAUACGGCAUACACUGCAUGGAUAUGGCUGGUUGAAAGUGGACAGGUGUUUGAAGGGACCACAUCAAAGGGGGAAACGCUUCAAAUUUCGUCUUUGUCCAAAAAGUUCUCACCGACCUAUAAGCUUCACGUCCGACACACUUCGUCCUCGGGAAAUAUUGUAGAGGAGAAAACUAUCGAGGCUCCUUUUGCCAGGUGGUUUUCAGCAGAUGGUACCCUUCAAUUUGAGCCAUUCUCGGAAUGGCUCAAACGUGAGAUUAAACUUGUUGGGGCAUCUUCAUUAGAAGGACCCUCCAAGUAG